AUCUAAACAAGUGAACCAAACUGACAUGAUUUUCGCAGGGUCAAGGGAAUUUUAGGAGCCUUGGACGACGCUGGGUGAAAAAAGCAGGCAGAACUGCGAUUGUGAGAUUUAAUUACUGCUUAUCAAAAGUCAGGGCAGAGAUCUUGUUGUUCUUGAGCGCAUAGGAAGAUGGAUACUAACAAAAAUAACAGUAAGAGUAAGAGCAGAUUAAAGCUGAAGCAAAACAAAGUUGAGCUGCUUCUUCUAGUACUUUAUGCAAUUGGCUUCUACACUUUUUGUAUCCGCCGCUCCCUUCUCCUUUCUCGCGACCAUUUCUCCAAACUACGUGGUUUGCGUGACGGAUGGCUUUUCUCUCCUCCCCGCCUUAAUGAUGUUUCUGAUGAGCAGUGGAGAAAUUUCCGAUCAAACUUACCCAUCCUUAGCCUUGUUUUUGGAAUCUUUACCUUGAUUGCUAAUAUCUGCAGGAAAUUGUUCCGUUUGAGAGCCAGAGGGAUGUCCACUCUUUGGCUUUUCCUUUCUCUCAUUUAUCUUUCUUAUCUUCACGGAGCUAGCAUCCUCUUUAUCUUUUUAAUUGCUACAGCAAACUUUCUCCUAGUAAAGAUAUUUGCCCAAGCAAAGUACUUCGCCUUUCUCCUUUGGAUGUUCAACAUAGUUUUUCUUUUUUGCAACCGUAUUUAUGAAGGAUAUCCAUUCUCCAAAUUUGGAGCUCAAUGGGAAUAUUUGGACAAUUUUCGAGGCACAUUUAGGUGGCACAUUUGCUUUAACUUUGUUGUUUUGCGCAUGAUAAGCUUUGGCUACGAUUACCAUUGGGCACAUCAAGAUUCACAUUUUGAUAAAGAGAAGCAUAUCCAAAGAUGCAAUGUUUGUAAAUCAGGAAAAAACUGUUAUCAAAUUCUACAGGAGAGAAAUGUUCAUCUCAAUGAUUAUACCUUCACUGCAUACUUUAGUUAUCUGGUGUUUGCACCACUUUACAUAGCAGGGCCAAUCAUGAGUUUUAAUUCAUUUGUCUCCCAGCUAGAUGUGCCACAAACUCAGUACUCCAUUAUAGAGGUGACUUUGUAUGGGCUACGCUGGGUAUUUGGUCUGUCUCUUAUGGAACUAAUGACUCAUCUGUUUUAUUUUAAUGCGUUUGCUGUCAGUGCUUCAUGGAAAAUGUUGUCUCCUAUGGACAUAUUCAUAAUUGGAUAUGGGGUCAUAAAUUUCAUGUGGUUAAAGUUUUUCCUUAUCUGGCGCUAUUUCCGGUUUUGGUCCCUGAUUGCUGGAAUUGAGGCUCCGGAAAACAUGCCAAAGUGUGUCAAUAAUUGUCAUAACUUGGAAAGCUUUUGGAAAAAUUGGCAUGCGUCCUUCAACAAAUGGAUUGUGAGGUACUUGUAUAUUCCUCUUGGUGGGUCUCAAAGAAAGCUACUCAACAUAUGGGUUAUAUUCACAUUUGUUGCUGUAUGGCAUGAUUUAGAAUGGAAACUUCUUUCAUGGGCAUGGCUAACAUGUUUAUUCUUCGUUCCUGAAUUGUUGGUGAAAUCAGCUGCAAAUGCAUUCCAGGCCAAGGGUGCUUUGGAAGGAUUUCUUUUUCGUGAGCUUAGAGCAGCUGGCGGUGCUAUCACAAUCACUUGUCUCAUGGUUGCUAACCUUGUUGGCUAUGUUAUUGGUCCGUCAGGCUUUAGUUGGUUGAUUUCUCAAUUCCUCAGCAAAGAAGGACUGCGUGUCUUGGGUUUUAUGCUUCUGACAUUUUACGUGGGAACUAAGCUUAUGUUUCAUAUAAGUGAUGCCAAGCAAAGGAUGCAAUGAAGUCUAUUUCUAGUGUGCACAAUGCAUCCAUUUUCGGCCCAAUGAUCUGGCUACCGGUUGCUUGAACUUUAAUGUGACCCUAACAGUUUCAGCAAUAGUCUUUUUUGCAUAAACAUCUUCCAUCCUUAC